AUGGGCGACUUUGCGAACAAUCCUAUGGGGAUGAUUCCGCUGCGAAAGCUCAUAGCGCAGGCUGGAUACACAUGGCAGGAAUACCAGGACCACCUUUACAAGAGCAUGGCGCUACUUUCGUUCUUCAAAGCUUUGCCACCUGAGACCGCCAAUGCCUACGUGCACAGCGUGGAGCUGUGCUCGAGUCCCUCCAAGCUGUCUGGCUGCUCUCAAGAGGACGCGUGUUGCAUUGCCAUGUUCAGGACACUGCAGGCGCAAACGACAGUUGACAUCAUCACAUCACGCAGUUACAGUACGAAUGUGGUGGAUGGGCCCAUAUUGUGGAAGCUUGAGCCUCCAACUGGGUACACCACUCAGGCUUUAGUUCACUGGAAUCAGAUCGCCCUCGCCGUGGUGGUGGCCAGCACUGAUGGCUUGCUGGCAGAUUUGGCACGAGACAGCGCGUUCUGGCGGAUCUGA